AUCUGACGGCAAACAACCUGUGGAUUUCGGUCCAACAAGAAUACACUAACAAGCUUGUUUGUCCAUUUUAAUGAAGAUGUUUCCCUGGUCUGCGGUUUUCUCCCUUGAACCCAAAGUGCCAGGCCAGCGCUCCACACAGGAGCUGGUGACCAACACGCUGAUGCUGGAGCUGGGGGCCAUGGUGAAGCGGACUGAACGCAUCCGGUUGGAGAGGGCCGCGGAAGGUCGGCGUCGCCGCCGGAGCUCCUCGUCCACAGCCGAUUACAGCUGGCUGGCAAACAACCCGACCCCUCAGCCCUACCAGCUCACUCCCAACGACCUGCUGGAGCUGCAGGACCUCUGUGCCCAAAUCCCCCCUGCACAGUGCGGGCCUGUUAUCGUCAGGUUCAGGAGGCUGGUGUCGCAGAUGGAGCCCGAGGUCCACGAGGUCCCCCGCCUGUUUCGCACAGUGCUGCGCAGCUGUGUGGACGAGGUUAACGCGGACGACAACGGGCACGCCCCGGCUGCGUUUUACGAGAAGCAGCAGCGCAGCAAGAGUCUCUCCUUCGUUACUUUCCGCUCGAAGUUUUGCACGGGGCAGAUGUUCAGGGGCAGCGGCCUGAGAGGCUCCAGGGCCAAUCUGCAGCAGCAGAUGGACUGGUCUGACGAGGAGGAUGAAGGAGGAGAGGAGGAGGCCAUGAGGGUCAGGGCGCGGAAGGGAAGGAGCAAGAGCAUGCCAGAGAUCACCCCACUGGAACAGAGUGCUCAUGGGUGA